AUGUAUACCAUAGCCCUGUUAGGAAACACCCUCAUAGUGACUGUAAUUUGGAUGGAUUCCACUCUACAAGAGCCCAUGUACUGCUCCCUGUAUAUUCUGGCUGCUGUGGACAUUGUUAUGGCCUCCUUGGUAGUGCCCAAGAUGGUGAGCAUUUUCUCCUUAGGAGACAGCUUCAUCAGCGUUAAUGCUUGUUUCACUCAGAUGUAUUUUGUCCAUGCAGCCACAGCUGUGGAGACAGGGCUGCUACUGGCCAUGGCUUUUGACUGCUAUGUGGCCAUCUGUAAGCCCCUACACUACAAGAGCAUUCUCACACCUCAAGUGAUACUGGGAAUGAGUGUGAUCAUCACUAUCAGAGCUAUCAUAUUCAUGACUCCACUGAGUUGGAUGGUGAGUCAUCUGCCUUUCUGUGGCUCCAAUGUGGUUCUCCAUUCCUACUGUGGGCACAUGGCUGUGGCCAAGUUGGCAUAUGCCGACCCCAUGCCCAGUAGUCUCUACAGCUUGAUUGGUUCCUCCAUUACUGUGGGUUCUGAUGUGGCCUUUAUUGCUGCCUCCUGUAACUUGAUUCUUCAGGCAGUAUUUGGUCUCUCCUCAAAGAAUGCUCAGUUGAAAGCAUUAAGCACAUGUGGCUCCCACGUGGGGGUUAUGGCUCUGUACUACCUACCUGGGAUGGCAUCCAUCUAUGUGGCCUGGCUAGGGAAGGACAUAGUGCCUUCGCACAUCCAGGUGCUGUUAGCUGACUUGUACAUGAUCAUCCCACCAACCUUAAACCCCAUCAUCUAUGGCCUGAGAACCAAACAAAUAAGGGAGUGA